AUGCAGGCUGUAUUACAAAAAGUGACGCGAUCUUUGCCUUGGUUCGUGUUGGAGCCGGCCAAGUACAUUCUCGGCGAUACGUGUUACCAGAGCUUGGUGUGGGAUGUAAACUAUACGGAUGUCGCCUGCCUACGACUUGGCCUAUCCAAAGGCUUGGGCCUCGGCAUUGUGGUGUUUGGCAGCAUCAUCAAGUUCCCCCAGAUUUACAAGAUCGUGCAUGCCCGCAGUGCCGAAGGCAUUAGUCUCGCCAUGUACAUUCUCGAAGUCAUUGCGUACACGAUUAGCUUGGUGUAUGCCAUUCGUCUUCGCAUUCCUUUUAGUACCUAUGGUGAAAAUGCCAGCUUGACAGUGCAAAAUAUGGUCAUUACUCUGCUCAUUAUUGCGUACUCACCUAUGGACUCGGUCUCGCGCCGCGUCACGACGUUUUGCCGGGCUCACGGGAUCUCGACCAAUGCCUUGUAUGUCGCAAUCGGUGCUGUCCUCAUGGUCGUCGGCUCUCUCGCGCUGAUCAGCGAGCGAACGGUCGCGCCGCCAUUGCUUCAGUUCUUGCAGGGCCUCACGAUCCCUGUGUCGCUUGCAUCGAAAGUACCUCAGAUGUUGGAGCUGCAUCGUUCUAAGGCCACUGGGGAGCUAAGUAUCCUUGUCGUGUUUGCACAGCUUCUCGGCACGAUGGCCCGUGUGUUUACGACGCUCACCGAGACCAACGACCGCCUUCUCUUCUGGGGCUUUGCCCUCGCGACGAUUUUCAAUGCGGUGAUUGCUGUACAAGUGAUUCUCUACUGGAACGGCAACGCAACCAAGGCUGCGCGCUUGCACGAGAACCGGUGGUUCGAAUCGCCCAGCACGCCCAAUUCACGCCGCUUGUCGGAGCUGCCGCUGGUCGCCCCACGCUCUGUGUCUUCGAAUACCAAGCGCGAUUAA